AUGAAGGCGUCACUCGUUCUAUCCGCGCUGGCUGGCGCUGUCUCAGCAGCUACCCCAGGCCCUCUCGAUGUCGACCUCGACUCACCUGCAUCCAUCAAGGCCGCCUGCAAAACCAUCGCCGCCGCCCUGAUGGAAUACUAUCACGGCGACGAGUACGGCCGCACCCCCGGCAUUCUCGACGGGCCUCCGCCGGCGGGAGAUUAUUACUGGUGGGAAGGAGGCGCCCUCUGGGGCACGAUGGUCGACUACUGGCACUACACCGGCGACACGACCUACAACGAUGUCGCCGAGUCGUCGCUCAUCUUCCAGGCCGGCGCGCCGCAGAACUCGUACAUGCCGCCCAACUGGACGGCCUCGCUCGGCAACGACGACCAGGGCUUCUGGGGCAUGAGCGCCAUGCUCGCCGCCGAGGUCAAGUUCCAGAACCCGCCCUCGGACCAGCCGCAGUGGCUGGCCCUGGCGCAGGCCGUCUUCAACACGCAGGCCGCGCCGGACCGGCACGACGACACGUGCGGCGGCGGGCUGCGCUGGCAGAUCCCGUGGUCGAACAACGGCUACGACUACAAGAACAGCAUCGCCAACGGCAUCUUCUUCAACAUGGGCGCCCGCCUCGCCCGCUACACCGACAACGACACGUACGCCAAGAUCGCCGAGGACACCUGGAACUGGGAGGUCGGCGUCGGCCUCAUGAGCGACAAGUACGACGUCUACGACGGCGCCCACGUCCCGCUCAACUGCACGGACGUGUUCAAGGCGCAGUUCUCGUACAAUGCCGCCGUGUGGCUGCAGGGUGCGGCUUUCAUGUACGAUUAUACCAACGGCUCCGCCAAGUGGGAGGCGCACGUCGCGGGGCUCGUGAACCGCACCAUCAGCGUCUUCUUCAGCAAGGGCGCCGCCGUCGAGGUGUCGUGCGAGCUGGAGGACAAGAUCGGGUGCAAGACGGACAUGCUGUCGUUCAAGGGCUACCUGCACCGGUGGAUGGUGACGGCGGGCCAGCUGGCGCCCUUCCUCAAGACCCAGAUCAUGACCACGCUCAAGGCGUCCGCCCGCGGCGCCGCCGACUCGUGCCUGAGCAACGGCACCUGCGGCUUCCGCUGGACGACCGGCUCGUACGACGGCGUCGUCGGCGCCGGCCAGCAGAUGAACGCCCUCGCCGCCCUCAGCAGCCUGCUGGUCGACGAGUCGGGCGUCACCGGGCCCCUGACCAACACCACCGGCGGCACCAGCGUGGGCGACCCGAACGCCGGCCAGGACCCCCCGAGCUUGCAGCCUGCGGGGCCCGCGACGACGGGUGCCAAGGCCGGCGCCGGUAUCCUGACGGCGUUUGUCCUGUCGCUCAUGAUGGUGAUCAUGUUCUGGAUGAGCAUGAACUGGAACGAGCGGCCGGGCAAGGGCGAGAGGAUCUUGUCCGAGAAGGGAAAGGGGGUGGAAUAUAGGUGA